AAACAAAAGCCAACGUUUUGGGUACACUAGUUCAAAUAUAUAUUAAACUGUAUUAUGGUUCUAUUUUACUUAGUAUUUUAUUCUGAAGUUAUUCUGAAGUUAAGUUCCCGAAUGGUCCUUCUGUAUUGCAUCAAAAGGAUAAAUCAUUGUUUUUGACUGAUUAACUUCAAGGUUUUGAGAAUGAAGUUAAUUAUAAGGGGAACUUUUGACAGCAAUUGAAGUACAUAAAUGUCAACUAGUAUCCCAAUCAUGUUUUGUGUUGCCUUAAUAGUAUCCUUGGUGUUUUCCUGCUGCUUGAGAUUGAAAUUAGGUUUGUGCUCAAAAUUCUUCUUUGGUUGGCUUUUAGUCUUAGCCGUCUCUCAAGGUCUCUAUCUUAUUGUUUCAUCUUGAAAACCCGAUCAUGUUGACAUCAGAGUAUAAAUCAAUAUCUACCAUUAAAUGCCACAUCCACUGUUCCAACUGUUACCUUUAAUCACACACUUCUUCUAUUUGAUUUGUGCCAAACCAUGGUUAAAACACUCAACAGUUUAUCUAUGAUAGGGAAAUUGGACAUUAAAAAUGCCUCAUUUCUUGUUGAAUCCUUUAUCAUUCUGGUUACUCAAAGCUAAGAUAAGCAUGGAGAAGCUCUCUAAGCUGAUAGGUAGUUUUGUGUUGAACUUUGUUGGCUAUCCUAUGCUUAUAGGAAUAAAAGCAACCCAUGGAUAGAGUUUAGGUUUCACUUCAGACAUUGUUAAGGUGAGAGCUAAGUGAGACAUGUAUUUCUGACUGAUUAUGAUUUUUCUGCAUGAAUAUAGCACAUUAACGUCUCUCCAUAAACUAGAGACAACUGUUUGUUUCUCUGUUAUGUCAAAUGAUUCUUGAAUCUUAAUUGGGUGCACAUUUAAGCAGGACAUUUAUCAAUUCGUUUGGUUUAUUUAUGUUCAAUGCAUUUUGCUCUACAAUGUUAGUUAUGUCGGAUUUAUCAAUGUCCACCGGCUCAGUUUCAUUAAAGACAUAGCUAUGGCGAUUCUCUACUACCAGUGUCAGCAAUUUGGUUGGACAGAAGGGUGAUUCAUGGGAUGGCACUUGACAAUGCAUUUUUCAGGAAGAAUAUUCAGCUGUCUAUGGAAAAGACUCAAUACUAGGUUUGGUGAUUGUUUCAAGGUUUUCUCUGAUUUACCACAAAGCUAACCACUAGGAGGUAAGCUCAAACGAGACUGCUCUUUUUCUUUAUGAGGGUAGGACAUCUAAUAUAGAUUUGCAAUAGCUUAAGCUUUUAUGUUGUAUCAUUUCCUCUCAAAUCAAGAAUAUUUUGAGAAAAUAUGUGUUUGAUUCUCGCUUGAUGAAAUACUUGAAUUCACAAUGAAGUUCAGUCUGCCAA